AUGCGAGAGCUCUUGCUGCCGGAGGCUGCUAAAGAUGGCUAUCGUGAGCAAGGCUUCUCCGAGGCUGACACGUUGGAGUAUCAGCAGCUUGCGAAGUUUCCUUCGACACAAGUGGAGGAAUGGGACUGGAAGGGGAAUGAUUCAUGGGGCUCAGGCUACGGUGUAGCUUGGUCGGCUUGGAAUGAUGAUCAGUGGGGCUGGGGUUCUUGGGGCUGGAGCUCUACCCCUGGGUGGUGGAGCAAGCACCAGGAUGAUGACAGGUGCAAAGAAGCUGAAAGCCCAGGCCCACAAAGCACCCAGCAGACCCCGCAGAAGCAAACUGAGUCGCAGCCCCGCUCCGGCAGCAGAACAAAAAGCCCAAAAAGCAUUGAGAAUGCACAUGCAUUGAAGCGAGCCACAACGAUGUCUUCGCAGCCUGCAACCCCAGCAACCUCUCCUUUGAAGGCCUCGCCCUCUGUUCCAGCUACCCAGCCGUCCCCAACCACCUCCCCUGCAACAACAGGCCAGAACAAGCGCAAGCAUGGUGACACAAGCCUCAAGAAGCCUGAGAAGGAUGUGAGCACAGGUUCGCCGCAGGAGCAGUGGGCAUCAAUUCAGGAUAUCUUGCAACGAGGCCACACAGUGGACCGCCUCAGCGAUGAUGAACUCGCUGAGGUAGUUUUUCAGAUCGACCGAUUGAAGAAAAGCCGUUCGAUGCCCGUACAGGAAACUGAAGCACCGACCCAGCAGGGACAGGAGGCACAAAAGGAAAAGGAUGAGUCGCAGGCAACCGAAGCAGACAAGAAAAAGAAGGAGUCGCAGGCAACCGAAGUCGACAAGGAAAAGAUGGAGUCACAGGCAACCGAAGCACAGAAAGAAAAGAAGGAGUCAGAGGCAACCGAAGCAGACAAGGAAAAGAAGGAGUCACAGGCAACCGCAGCACAGAAGGACAAGAAGGAGUCACAGGCAACCGAAGCACAGAAGGACAAGAAGGAGUCACAGGCAACCGAAGCACAGAAGGACAAGAAGGAGUCACAGGCAACCGAAGCACAGAAGGACAAGAAGGAGUCACAGGCAACCGAAGCACAGAAGGACAAGAAGGAGUCACAGGCAACUGUCGAAAAGGCUGGGGCAACCAAAGCAGAGGAGCAGAAGGACGGAGAUCCCAAAGGCAAGCAAGAAUUGACACCGGAGCAGGAGGCAAAGCUUGCACUGAAGAAGAAACUCCAUGCACGCUACAUGAGAUUCAGUCGAUCUCUCACCAGUGGCCGGACACCGAAGGAAGUGAGGAAGCUGGCUGACAGAGACCUGGAUUCUGAUCAGAGAAACUUCUUGUUCGAGCAUUGGCUUCAGGCCAACGAGAACUGGAACGCAUCCAAGCUUUUGGUUACCUUGAAGAACAAGUCCGGGAAAAAGAAGGUUGGACUCCGAAAGUGGCUGACAAAGGCCGACCUUCUGCAGAAGUACAAGGACGAGGAGGUGGUACAGGCCAUCAUAGAUGCAAAGGUGAAUGACAAGGAGCUGUGCAAGACACAGGUGAGGAACCAUCCUGAUUGCCCUCAUCGCGAAGAUCUCAAGCAAUACCUAUGUGUUGUAGAUGAUAGCGAGGAAAACUACGAAGGGGAAGAAGUGGAACACACGUUCGAGAUGGACAACGAUCUCGACGAGUCGAGCUCCGACCAAAGCAGUGACGAGGAUGGUCAGGAGGAGGAUGAGGAAGAGCAGGAGAGCAAGAAGCCAAAGAAGGAAGGAAAGCCCAAGCAGCCGAAGAGUGCGAAGAAGAACAAGAAGAGCAAGAAAAGCAAGAGCUCCCCCAACAAGAAAAACCGUGCCAGGGCCAAACAGCCAACCGGCGGAGACGAUGGAGAAGACAAGCCACUGAAUGCAAAGGAGAUGAAAGGCAAGGCCAGGAAGGCAGUGGACAAAGCCACGGACAAGCUCCAAGCAGUACGAAAGUGCCAGGACGUGGAAUCGGGUGACAAACUCCUGAAAGCCAUGAAGGACGAUGUCGAAGCGCAGGUGGCAUCCAUGCCGAGCGCCGUGGACAAGCUGACCACAACGUGUGACAAGUUUGAUAAGAUCACCAAGGAGUUCUGGAACAAAGUGAAUGGUGAAGAUGUCGAUAAGGAUACCGAUGGCUUGCUGCAGCAUAUGUACAACAAGAUAUCCAGUGGAGCUUCCAGUAUUGAUGCAGCUAUGAAAGAUGCCCAAGCUGGUUUCCAGGACACCCAGAAGUUCUUCAAGGGCAAGACUAUUAAAUCGUUGAUGCGGUUCAAGCCUGGAAAUGCUGCACGUGACUUCUUCAAGACUGUGAAGCUUCCUCUGGAGCCUACACCAGUCAAAGUUCCUGUCUGGGAGUAUGCGGAUGGUGAAUGGAAGCAGGCCUCAACUACGGUACCGGUACUAGACAUACAUGAGAUUCUGAGCUACGUUCAUUGUGAGCUGGGAUUGCAAACCCCGCCGGAGAAGGUCAAAGAAUACUGGGCACACCUGUGCAGCCACGGUGUUCCCUUUGCCACUCGUCACCCUUCUACACAUGCAAACGAGCCGUGCCGACAUUCCCACAUACCGUUCUCACUUUAUGGAGAUGAAUGCCAGCUGUCAGCAGAUGGUUCGGAGAAGGUGACAGCCAUGUUUGUCUCCUUAACUCUUUUCCGACCCAAAGAGGUUAGGCUUGGACACUUUAUGGUUUUUUGUAUGAAGGACGAGUUCAUGGUUCACGAAAACCUUGCGACCCUGAGCCCCAUUCUGAAGCACAUUGCCUGGAGUUCGAAUGUGGCCUUUGAUGGCAAGUUUCCACAAUGUGGGCCAAUGGGCGAAGCUUUGUCAUCUUCGAAGAUGGCCCGGGCCGGGGAUUUCCUGGCGCACGGACGGGCAUUCGCUGCUUGUGAACUUCGGGGAGAUUGGAAAUGGCAUGAAAGGACACUUCGGCUGCUUCACACUCCUACAAGCACAUGCUGCUGCCUGUUCUGUGGGGCUGAAGCUUCUGAUGAGUCCCCGCUUCGAUAUUACGAGACUGGAGAGUCUGCAGGCUGGGCUUCCACGAUUGCUACAACAGCAGACUUUUUGCUUCACAAAGUUCGGCCUGGAUGCUUGAGUGACUUGGACUGCAUGUCUAAAUCCUGCUACCAACCUACUAUAAGUAUUCUAUUCUAA